AUGGCCACCGAAAUGAUCAACAGGAAAAGAAAGGCCGACGACGAGGGCGGCGCCAAGAAGAAGAAGAGAUCUAAGAAGGCGCGCGAGGACGAGGGUGAUCUCGACGUCGAGGCAGGUUUGAACAGGGCAUUCGAGCGCAUGGACGGCCAGCUCCUGGCCGAUCACAUUGCUCAGAAGGUGACACGGUUCGGGACCGAUCUCAGCUCCGUCGAGCUUUCGGAUCUUUACAUUUCUGCAAACGCGAUCAAGGACACCACCUCCUUCCAAAAGCCCCGGAACAAGGACAACCUGCCAGACUUCCUGGAGGAGUUUUCGGAGAAUCCUGCCAAGUUGUCCGAGGCGCCCAAGUCGAACGGGUCACCGCACACACUGGUCGUGGCGGGCGCGGGUCUGCGCGCUGCGGAUCUGGUCAGAUCAUUGAGGAAGUUUCAGACAAAGGGCAACUCGGUCGCCAAAUUGUUCGCCAAACACUUCAAAGUCGAGGAGCAGGUCUCCUUCCUCAAGAAGAGCCGCACGGGAAUUGCCGUGGGUACUCCUCAGCGCUUGAUUGAUCUGAUCGAAAAUGAGUCGUUGUCUCUUGACAGCCUGAAGAGAAUCGUUGUGGACGCUUCCCACAUCGAUCAGAAGAAGCGGGGCAUCGCUGAUAUGAGGGAGACGAUGAUGCCAUUGAUCAAGCUCCUCACGAGGAAGGAGCUUCAAGACCGCUACUCGGCGGAGGAGAAGCAUGUGGAUUUGAUCUUUUAUUGAGCACAGGGGCAGGUAUUCCUUCACUUCUGUUUCUCUCCUAAUGAUACCUCUUCUCUU